AUGCCGGAUUUCAAGGCGAUCUCAAAGAGCGGGUGGCAUCCCAAAGGGAAGGAUGGGAAAUCUAAAGAAUCAUGGCGAGGAGAUUUCAAGGGCAUCGAUCAGAUCGGGAAGCUGUUGGGAAGGGAGAAGAAGAAUGGCGGAGCGGACGACGAACAUACCUCACGACCAUUGCACCAGCUGAAGGACCCCUCCGCAUUUGGACCUCCACCCAAGAAUGUCAACUAUCACGGUGGCGCGGCUCUACCGAACCAGAUAACUCCGCAUACCGGCGGAUGGGGUGCUCCAUUGUCAAAGGAGUCUAUAGCAGCAAAAGAGGCGGAGGAGGAGGAGGCUGCGCGAGAGGCAGAGGAGGCAGAGACACGCAAAGGACCUCCACUGCCUUAUCGAUCAAAUACUACCGGCUUGUCUACUUCGCAUCUUCCUCCGCCGCCGGGGCGCAAGGAUGGAGCAGAUGGCAGACCUCCGGGACUUCCGCCGCGACUUCCACCAAGACAGAACUCGAAUACACUUCCAAGUCCUUCUCCUCCACCCUCGUAUACUUCUAAAGACGCCAUCCCGGAGCCAGAUGCCCACCGGGGCAUCCUAAAUCAAGGCGCUUUGGAUAGGCUAGGGUCUGCUGGUGUCUCCAUACCUGGAUUUGGCAUUGGAGGAGGAAAGGCAAAGACGCCACUGCCUCCCCCAAACCUCAGCAGAAGUCCAGCACCAAGUCCUGCUCCUGCCAGCAACUCACAGCUCAACGAGCUCCAAUCUCGUUUCUCCCGCAUGUCAUCCUCCUCAUCUCCUAAAGCAGAAGUUCCAAGCGAAGGGACAACUUUUGCUCAGAAGCAAGCUGCGCUAAAGACUGCAUCCUCUUUCCGGAAUGAUCCUUCGUCGGUAUCCUUAAGCGAUGCCAGGAUGGCAGCAAGCACAGCGAACAACUUUCGGGAGCGUCAUGGAGAGCAGGUCAAGUCAGGCUGGCAGUCUGCAAACAAGUUAAACGCGAAAUACGGAAUUUCUGAUAAGGCCGCGGCAUUCGGAGCAUCUAGCUCGCAGGUAUCCCAACCUCCAAGCUCCCAGAUCGAUAUGAGGGAUAACACUGGUCCUCCUAGUGCGCUGGAGGGGGGCUCUGUAGGCAAGAAGAAGCCACCGCCUCCUCCAGCAAAGAAAAAAGAGUUGAUGGGAAGGAAGGAGCCUCUGCCGCCGCCAAUACCCAUGUCGACUAAACCCAAGCCUCAAUCAUCUAGUUCCCGUGACCGGCCUGUCGAUUUAGACCUAGAUCUCCAGUCGCUGUGGUUCGUGGACGGGAAGUUCCCGCCCAGCACGAUAAAUACUCGAAUAUACAGCAGUACAUCAGGCUGGGAAUCAUCGGGAAGCCGAAAGAAACAUUACAAGGUCAUCCACAUGAGAUUCCCGGACUUGUCAAGUUCAAAGAUACGGAUAACUUGGGAUAGUAGCAACCCGGGCUAUACUGUCAAGGCAGAGCAAAGACAUACCCCGCCACCUCGCCCGUUAAGUCGGCAAGAGCUGGAAGACUGUCGUGCAAAAUACUCAGACUCGAUAGCAGCAUGGUGCGAAUCCAAGAUGGGCCAACAAGUCGGGAACGGUGAGUGCUGGACGCUAGCAAACGAGGCCUUGAAAGCAGUCGCUCAACAGUGCACAUCCCGCGGCCAAGAACCCUGCACUGCCUCCCAAGAACUUGUGCACGGCCACAUCCUGUACACAUACCGUCCUGCCAUCUCACUUAAGCCCGAGCCUGCCGGCGGAAUACUCGCAGCUGGCGUUGCACGGGGAGACAUCAUCCAGAUUCUCAGUGCGAGGUUUGAGUCGCCUAACGGCUCUUUCCAGGUAGCUGGUCAGCCAGAUCACACGGCUGUCAUCACGGGCGUCGAGCCGAAUGGGGUCUUGAGGGUGGUGCAGCAGAAUACGGGUGGUGUCAAGAGGGUCGUGACGGGGAAUUACAACAUGUCUGAGUUGACCACUGGAGAAGUCAGGAUCUUUCGGGCUGUGGGCAUCAACUGGCUUGGGGAGUUGAAAGCUGAGUGGUAA